UCCUCUAACUCUCUUAUUCAUGGCUUUGUACUAAGCAACCAAAACACAAUAAUUAUGAGCCCCUCCCCCAAAUUGAAUGGAGUGCAACAUGGCUACUUUAUGGAGGUGUCUUCUGGUGUCUGCUGCAGCAUUGAGCAGCGCAGCACUGGGCCAAGUUGUCAUCUGUCCUGUUAGAGAUUACGAGAUGUCUACUGAUGGCCAGUGCUGCUAUCGUUAUGUGCAGACACGUACAGAUUACAUUACAGCCAACAGAACGUGCGUACGUGAAGGUGGGUCAAUGGUGUACAUACAGAGCUCUGAGGAAAAUGAUCGAAUCAACACCAACUAUUUUGUGGGGAGAGGUGCUGUAGAGUUUUGGAUAGGACUUAACGAUCUAGAGACAGAGGGGACAUUCAGGUGGACUAAUCUUAGUGUGGCUACAAUAUACACGAACUGGAUGGGCAAUACUGCGAGUAUCAGCAAUGCUAAUCAUUUAGACUGUGUCAAGUUCACUAGCUCUAGCCAGUGGGUGGUCCACAACCAUCCGUGCAGUACCUCCAAUCUGCCCUACCUCUGCAAGAUUAACACUUGUGUGCAAUCAUUGAUUGAUGGAGAUUACUGUGCUGGGCAGGAGCCUACAGCAGCACCACAAGAAGGUGUCUCUACUGAGAUUAUAGUGGCGGUGGUGGUUGUGGUGAUUGCAUUGACUGUGGCUCUAGUGUUUGUGUUGGUGUGUGGUCUUCUGUGGAAGUUCAAUAACGAAGCAUUUCAACGCUACCUCUGUUGCUGUGUGAGUGGUAAGAAUAAGUCGACCGUCCACUCACUCCAACAGGAGAAUGAGCGACUUAGGAAGCAACUAACAGAUCGCAAAGUGUCAGUCAGUGGACGCUUCUCUCAUGCUGGUGAACUGUCUGGAGUCCCUGAUGGUCGCGGUGGCGUACUACCAACUAUCAAACAGGUACCAAGUUUCUCUCCCCUAUCACCAGAGGGGGGUCCAUUGUCCAUGAGCCAGAGAGGGAGACCACCGCCGCUAGUGUUGGCUAGACCACGCUCUCAAGUCACUCCAAUGGGGAGGGGAGGUGGUCUAGGCACACCUCUUCACCUUGCACCCACCCCCAUGUUCAUAGGGGGAGCCCCUCCAAUGAGACCAAUACGACAGAGUGCACCUGCGGGUCGACUAGCCCCACCCACUACCGUGGUGGAGCCGAUACUAGAGGUCAAAGGUGAAAGUGAUGAUAGCAGUGAUGACGAGUUCUUCAAGAAAGAAGAAGGAAUUGCCGAUCCUCGGGAGGCAAUAAACAACAAGACAGAAACACAAUCAUCAGAACAAAAGACACUGUAGAAUAAUAUAAUACUAGAAUACUUAUGGCAUUUAUCGUUUUAUUUUCUGUCCACAUUAUAAUUUUUUUUGCAGAACAAAUUUUGUACAUUUUGUAAAAGUUUGUACAAAAAUAGAAAUUGAUUGUUGAAUGCUCAA